AUGAUCCACGCGGAGCCCCAAUUGAUUCAUUUUGUGACCGGGAAUCCACGGAAAUUUGCUGAAGCCGAAGCAAUACUUGGAAACGCAGCACGGCUCCGACAAUAUGUCAUCGAGCUUCCCGAGAUCCAGGGCUCGCUAGAAGAAAUUGCACGGGAGAAGUGCCGUAGUGCAGCUACUGCGACGCAAGGCCCGGUUUUGACGGAGGAUAGUGCCCUUGAAUUUCAUGCUCUAAAUGGAUUGCCAGGUCCCUACAUAAAAUGGUUCUAUUCUGCACUUGGAAAUACUGGGCUCUGUCAGCUUCUAGCGGCAUUUGAGGACAAAUCUGCAUCUGCUAUCUGCACGUAUGCUUUCUCAUCUGGACCGGGCGUUGAGCCUGUGCUAUUCCAGGGUCGGGUUGACGGGCAGAUUGUCACGCCCAGAGGGACCAAUGGUUUUGGUUAG